AUGGCGGCCGUCGCUAUAGAGAGCUGUUUGCAAUUACAACAUCUGUUCAAAGACAUAUCUCCGAUGUUUGACCGCACAGAGUCGGAAAAUGUUGUGCAAUCUUUGAAAAAUAACUAUGGAGGCAAAUUCAAUUCGCUAAGAAGUCACGAUUUAUUGCAAUGUUUACAACUUCUUGCGAAGCAUGGCUAUGUGUCUGGAGGCAAAGUGAAACUAAUCGAAGACUACGUUGCUCCGAAAUCGAGCAAAGAAGAACUGAUCAAAGAAGCUAUAAGAAAGUUUAAAGCCUCUCGUCCAGCUGUUAAAGAGGAGGAAUUUCAAGGGCGGGACGAUGACAUUAAGGAGAUCACCGAAAAACUGGAGUUAAAAGACGUCCCAGUGUUGAACUUGUUUGGGUCUUCCGGUGUUGGAAAGACAAGACUCGCCAACGAAGUUUGCUCACAGUGGCGAGGAAAUUAUCGAGUCUUUGAUCUUAGAGAAGUUAAUAGUAUGAAAGCAAUGUAUUACCACAUCCUUAGUUCCCUUGACCUUGCUGUUCCAGUCGGUUUCGUGGACCUGAACUAUGUUGCGGUAAAAAACAUUCGCGAUAAGGUCAAAGAUUUGAAAAGUGGAGGGCAUUCCGUUCUGUUCUUGCUCGAUAAUGUGGACCAGUUUGCCACAGGACAAGAAAUGGAUGGGAAGAGCCUAAAAACAGACUUUGUACAGUUCCUCGAACAACUUUUCGAACUCGAUGGCAAAGGAGAAAGAUGUGCAUUAAAGCUGCUGCUCACAUCGAGGAUUGAGUUCACAAAUGCCAAACUGGUGGAUAACUUUAAAGUGAAGUCUCUAAAAACGUCUUCUUCAGAGAAGAUUCUUUUUCCUGCGGGAUCAACUGGUGUUCAAGUCCACCAGAAAGAUAAUCUAAUCGGCAUCUCCAAAGGAUUCCCAAUUGUUCUUAAAGGAAUGGGUGCUAUUUUGCGCCAGGAAAGAAAAUCUGCAGAUGACCUUAUUGCUAGAGUUGUUGCUACUCCAGAGAAAACAAAAGUGCACGAGGAUGCUGAAGAAAUGUCAGUUAGUUUUGAAGAAGAAGGAGUUGAUGCAGGUCAGAUAUCUGUAAUCAGAGAAAUGUUUGCUACACUUCCAAGUGACAGUUUAAAAGUGACUGCAGUUGUAAUUUCCUUGUUUCAUGGGCCAUUCUCUGUCGCAACAGCCUCCAAGGUUCUCGGUAUUGACCAAUCAGAGGCUCUUGCACAGCUAGAGGGUCUUGUGGCCAGUGCAAUAAUUUCUGUAGUCGAUAAACAAGCAAAAGAGAGGAAAUAUGACAUUCAUCCACUCUUACAAAAGUAUGCUGACAGUAUCAAGAGUGACAAACACUUUUUCGCAGCCUACAUGGAAGCAAAGGGACGCUAUUACGAACUCUUUAUGUCCAGGAUGAAGAAAAUAGCGAAACUUAUAGAUCCCGAGUACAUUCGAGCAUUUCAUUUGUUUGACACUGACAGGGCAAAUUAUGAGUUUGUUCUUGAGAUCUCCUUACAACCAGAAUAUUUCAAAGUUCCAGGUGAAUUUCAUGAGAAUGCUUUAAUUGCAUCACUUUUUAUGGCAAUGCUGACUGAGGGCAAAAUAGUUACCCUGUUUCAUUCCUGGGCUGAGAUGUGUGAAGAUGAUGGAAAAUCAGGUUCUCUUGGUAGAACACAGUUGAAGUGCUGGGAAGCCAGGCAAGUUUUAGACAUUCAUGGAACAGAGAAAGCAUUUGAGAUACUGAAGGAAGCUUUGAGUUCAAUGGAGAAAGUUGAAGAUCAAUCCACUGACAUUUUCAAGCUCACUAAAGCCCUUUACUUGCAUACUGAAGGUGAAAUUCUUUGGAGAAACAUUGAUUACAAGAAAGCUCUUGAAAGCUUGCAGUUGUCCUUGACAUUCUCAGAGGAGCUGCUAAAAGAGCAUACAGAUUUGGCAAGGUGCUACAAUGCUAUUGGAAAUUGUUACUCCCGCCUUAACAAGCCAACGGAAGCACUUGAGUUCUAUGAAAAAGCCUAUAAUAUGCAAGAGAAUUUGGCUGGCUCUGAGUAUCACUUUGAUAUGCCAAUGUACAAGCACCAAAUUGGCACAGCAUAUGAGGGUCUCCAAAAGUAUGACAAGGCAGUUGAAUAUUACAGAGAUGCAUUGAGGCUUCAAGAAGAACUCAAUCUUUCAGGUUUUGGGGAUGAAGCGCACUUUUGCAGAGAACUUGCCAAUGCCCUUAUCUGGCAGAAGAAAUAUUCAGAAGCAGCCGAACCUGCGAUGCGUGCUUACAACAUUAGGAAGAAUCUUCUAAAGAAUCACCCACUUACGGUGUGCAGCAUUUUCCAGCGAGCUAACCUUCAGGCCUACUUGCAAGAUUAUGAGGGAGCCUUGAAACUCUACCUUGAAGCAUGGGAGAUGGAGAAGUCACUUGAUGUUGGGAACCAUAGUGAGGUGUGGCGAAAAAUUAUCACUGGUGUGGAGAACAUGUGUGACUAUUUGAAGAACAGAGAAGAGAAACAAAAAUUUCAAAAAGAUGCUUUGAAGUUUUGUGAACACUUUUGGAUAGAAAAGAAAAAGUCUCCAAGAUUUGCUUUUAAUGAUUCUAACAAGGACAUUAUUGAUGUCUUGAUGGAUCUUGUCAGUGAUGAGAAUGACAAGUAUAAAUUGCAAAAAGAACAGCUUUGGUUCUAUGAGGGUAUGUACAAUGCCACCAAAGAAGAACUUCAAAAGGACUGUGACCUGGAAACUGAAAGUGAUACACUUCACCACACAUUGGAAGAAAUGAUCAAGCUUCUUAACCAAGUGAUACACCUUUGUCAUCAACUUAAAGAUUACAAGCAGGAGGAGCAAUAUACAGAUGCGUUACGGGCUUUAAAAGAUGGGAGAGUUCCAGGGGUGACAACUCACUCAAAAGAUUUGACAGAUGAAGAAGAUGCAACAGUGGACACUGAAGAUGGUCAAAAGACUCUGAUCAAAAGAGGAAAAAUUGGAGGUAAGGAAGACACAUGGCACCUGAGAAAAGCUGGUGCCUCCAUCAAACUUUGCAGUGGAGCUGUCCAACAACCCGUGCCAUUUACAUGUAGAUGCCAAUUGUGGAACCCCAAGAGCCUCUCCCCACCCGUUGCCAGUGAUGAGAUAUUGGUUAGCAGUGUUAUUGAGCUAUCUCAUGAUGGCCCAUCAAAUCUGGAGUACAGGGAAAAUUUUGAAGGAAUCAGUUUUAAUGUAGCUUUGUUGCACAGUGCCCCAUAUUUGGAGGGGUAUGAGGUGGUUAUCAAGCAACUGACUGACCAAGAGAACAAUGAAUGGAAGGAAUUGAAGACAGAGAAUACAUGGCAUGGAUCAGAAACUUCAACAGUUCCCAGGUGGCUUUUCCCAUUUGCACAAGCUGUUUGUGCAAAAUCAGGAGUUUCUUCAUUUGCUGCAAUCUGGCGUCCUAAGUCUUUCAUUUUUUCAAGAGGUACUGCAAUAGGUCCGGAACUGACCUGUAUUGUGCCUGACUUUCCUGAUGUCAGUGUUCAAAUUCCUCAGAGCUGUGUUCCUGUUGAUCAAGAUUUCUGUGUGACAAUCAAGGUACAAGAAUUUCCAAGCAGUGAGCUAAAAGGAGAGGGAGGACUUGUCGGUCCAGUUCUUUACAUUUCAGACUCUAAAAAUGUGACUCUCAUCGCGCCUGUAACAAUCAGGAUUCCUCUCACCCUCCGUAAAGGAAAACAAGAGUUGGCAGAGUUAUGUCCUGGUGAACUGAGGAUAUUACACUGUGAAUCACUAGUUGAACCACAUGACUGGAAAGACAUCACAGGUCAAUUAGAUGAACCUGCACGUCUUGUAGAUGGGAAAGUGCAAUUCAAAGUUAGGCAUUUCUCUGGAUUCCGUCCAAUCAAGUUGAUCAGAUCACUUUUACAAUCUGCUUCGGGCCUCACUGAGUUUAUAGGAAAACUUCCCAGUAGGUCUAGGCCUCACCUUGCCCAAUUUUCUACGUGCUUGUGUAAGACCUCUGUUCCCGGACAUUUUGGACUCAAACUUUUCUGCUAUCCUCCAAGCCUGCAAUAUGAUGUGAACCGGCGAAUAUCAGAGUGUGUCGUGCCCUACAAAGGCGAAGGCAGCUCUCGUAAACCAGUUUGUGAAGAGGACAAAAUUUUGGUGUCUCUUUCUCAGGCAAUCAUACCCCAAGGCACAGACGAGAAAAACGCCUUAAAAUUUGUGAGAUUCCACGAGAACAAAGUUUUUGACACAGGUGGUGAAGUUUGCUUAGGAAGUGAGAGUGUUCCAGGAGUGAAGUUUUUCGACCAAAGUCGUGAACUUUUGUGCAACGUGACCAUAGUAUUAGCAUCUCAAGCAUCUCAUCCAUCUGGGGUCGUCCUUCCCUUGUCAGAAAUUCAAAGAGCUCAGGAAAUGCCUCGGUCAAAUCGAAACAUUCAAUCCUCAGUGGACGUAGAUUCACUACAUGAGCACGGCAAGAAAUUACAUGUCACUCUUCUAGCAACUGAAUGGUGUUCGGCAAGGGGUGGUUUGUCCACCAUAAACAGAGUGCUCGCCAAACAGUUUUCAUUAAAUCCCAAUGUAAAAGUCACUUUGUUUGCUCCUCCAUUCGAAUGUGAAUGUAAGGAAAAAGACAAAGCAGAAGCUUUUAAAUGUGAUAUUAAUAUUAAGGAAGCAGAUGGAAGAAUGUCAAACUCCACAAACCCCCUCGAGUGGUUGGCGUUUCCCCCGGAGAAACUCCACAUAGACGUGGUUAUCGGUCAUAGUUGGAAGCUUGGGUGGCAGGCAGAGGAAAUCAGGAGAAGCCACUCCUGUAAGUGGGUACAGAUGGUUCACACAUGUCCUGAAGAACUUGCCAUGCACAAAAUCUCCGACAAACCUCUCUCCAGAGGUGAAGAGAAGCAUGUGUCGGAAGUUUCCCUGUGUGAAAAGGCCGACCUUGUUGUUACCAUAGGACCCAAAUUACAGGAAGCUAUUGCUAAGUCCCUCCGACCUUGCAAAGAAGAAAAAACUGUAUUGUCAAUAACACCAGGUGUCUUUUCUGAAUUUAAGUGUGCGAAAACCUCUGUGGCUGACUUGGAGAAUUUUUACAUUUUAGUUUUUGGCCGUUGUGAUCCAAAGGAUUUGUCCAUAAAGGGCUAUGAUAUUGCGGCAGAGGCCGUGGCUAGUUUGCGUCAUAGAUCAUAUCACCUUACCAUCAUUGGUGCAAACACUGACAAUCAAAAAGAGCUUGUUGAUAUUAUAGUCAGUUUUGGUAUACCACAUUGUCAGUUAACUGUAAGAAAGUUUUGUAAAGAUCGGGAAUUUUUAAUCAAAUCUUUGCUGGAGUUUGAUCUCGUCCUCAUGCCAUCAAGAACAGAAGGGUUUGGUUUAACUGCCCUCGAGGCAUUAUCUGCCGGUAUUCCCAUUCUUGUGAGUGGAAACUCGGGAUUUGCUGAAGCAUUGAAGAAAGUGGAAUUUGGUGAAUUUUAUAUUGUAGAAGACUUUACGGAUGCUAAUGAAUGGGCAAAAAAAAUCGAGUCCAUUCGACAGAAGGAACGGCGAUUGAGACUUAAAGAGAUUCGACAACUACGGACAUUCUAUGAAGAGAAGUACAGCUGGGAGAGUCAGUGUCAAGACCUUGUGGCGACAAUGUCAAACAUGGUUUAUGCUGAACCCUUGCGUCCAAAACUGGAAGAAGUGAAGACGAACACCAGAUGGAAUGCACUCGUUGUGGUGGCCAUAGUAGGAGGCCUUCUGGCCGCAUUCAUUUCUCUCCUACUCCAGAGAGGGUGGAUUGGUUCCUGAAGUGUCCUGCUGUAUCGGAUUAAUGUAACGUUUUCAGUUUUAAACAAGGUUUAUAUUGGACUUAGAACGUCAGUAAUAUUUUUGGUAAUGAAGAUGUAAUAGGCCAAUUUCUAAGUGCCGAAAUGAAUGGAAGAGUUCGAUUAACACUUCUUAUGGGAAUUAGUUGCAUAGAUUUUGGUAAUUAUUUUUCCCAAAAAGAACUAAUAAGCUGGAGAAAGAUAAGCCGUAGACAGUUACAUAACUAGUUGAACUCCCAGAAACAGCAAACAAGAGGUCUGCAACAUGUCUUACGGUAGCGUUAAACGCAUUUUAAAUGCUGCUUCUGGAAAUUUUCAUAGUUCGUACGUUAUCGAAAAUUACGUAGGAUGCCUGUGUUACCACACCUAAUCGUUACCAGGGCGUGAAAUUAAUUUUUUUUUCUGGUAGCCACUUGGCUCCUAAAUUCUUCAAAGUGGUAGCCAAUUCAAAAAAAGUUGGUCGCUGUUUUCAAAGACAAACAAAACUUGCUUUUUACGCUGUCACCGUUCUAGAAAUUAAGUUAGGGAAAAGAUCUUUAACUAGCUACAAAGUGGACACUGGGAUGGAUGAUAUGCAACGUUCAAACUCACCUAAAUCCAAGAUGGCGUCUAGUUAUCGAUCGAGAUGCAUGUGCUGUGUUUUGGAAACAAACUUGAUGAGGAAGUUUGCCGCGGAUUUAUCUUUGCAAAUCUUUUUAAUUCACUUUAUAUCUAGGUAAGGUUAUGAUGAAACAUUCUAGUCGCCACUUUGGCAACCAAUUUUCAGGAUUUGGUCGCCAAAGUGAAAAAUUGUAUUAGGCGCAAUUUCACGCCCUGGUUACCCUAUUUGUUUAAGUUAACAUCAGUUUUGGUCCAUUCAUUCAAUAUCCUGCAAAAAAAUUCUGCUAUAGUAGGCAACAUAGUGACAACAUAACCGUUUUAGGAAUAAAAUCUCUCUUACACGGACAGAAACAACGAAUUUUUCAUUAAGGUUAAGGUUAAGGUUAAGGUUUCAUAAGCAUAAAAAUUUUGCAGGUUUUAAAUUUUGUAUAUUAUUUAAACUGCACUUGACCCACCAGAAUUAGCUCCUUUAGAACCCCUUAUUCUUUAGGUUGGAAGUCAAGAAGAGAGAAUGAUGAUGAAUCUAGUUGGAAAGAGUUAAACCUUGUUAUCCGUGAGAAUUUUUACAGAACAUUUCACACUUGUUUAUUAUCAAGGUAGAAGAUCUUUCAUGGUACAUUCACAAAAACAAUUCUGCGCAUUUCUCUAUGACAUUUGAUUUGUUUCCUGUGAAACGAAGUUGAAGAGAUGUUGAUGAUAGUCGUGUUUUGUGCAAUAUGGUAAAAGUAGAAAGUCAGAAGAUAGAGUAAUAAUUUUAUUAUGGUUGAAAAAGAGACAUACAUUCAUAAAUGACGGUACAACAUGUAGCAAUACAGUAGUUGGAAGUACUAAAACUAUAUCAUCCCUUUUAGAGCACAAGAACGUAAAAACUGCAAAAGAUUCACAGCAUUUAUAUCAGUCUUGGUUAGGCUCAAAAAUACUUGAUGGUUUACGUCAAUGCAACAAACUCUUUAAUUUGAAACACUAAAAGUAGGGAAAAAACUUAGAGAAGAGAAAUUAGGUGUACAUUCACUUUUCUAGAGUUAUGACAGCAGAGACGACACAAAU